AUGGCACGGUACCUCGAGACCUUGGACCCGAUGCGAGGUUACGGCACGACGAGAGUCGAGAUAUCGACGGAGAUGGCGAUGUCGACGGCAAUGCCCUUGAAAGGACAAGAGGCAAAGUCGUUUACUAGUAACGGCGGCGGCGUCGUCGGCGGCGGGAGAGAGGUCCCAGAGCAAGAGCAGAAGCUGCGCGUGGGAGGACGGACAGGGGAUAAUAACGACCGGGGAGGGCGUGGGUGUUGGGAGGAGAAGGCAGGAUUGGCGGUGGUGGUGGUGGGCAUGGACGAGGGCAAGGAAGAUGAGGAAAGGACGCAGAAGACGUGA